AUGGCUCCCGAGGGUGCUUCACUUCCAAUCAUCGACAUAUCAUCCUACGUCAAUCCAAAAGCAUCUCCCGAAUCUCGCCAGGAGACAGCCGCUGCCUUAAACCGAGCCUGCAUCGACUACGGCUUCUUCUACCUCACAGGACAUGGAAUCCCUGAGUCGAGACUAGAGCAAGUGAUAUCCCUCGCGCGUCAAUUCUUCGCACUGCCCCUGCCAGAGAAGAACAAGAUCAAACGGUAUGACGCCGGUGGCCCUGAGGGUGGGGACGGUGCACGCGGCUACCAGGGCAUGGGCGAAAAUGUAACACAAGGGCGGCAAGACCACCACGAAGCCAUCGACUUGUACCGAGAAUGGGACAUGCAGAAAGACGACACAAAAACCCCUGGAACCAACAAGACGCUGCAGGGCCCGAAUCUCUGGCCGGAGCAGCCUGCCGAACUCAAGCCCGUGUAUCUCGAGUACAUUGACCAGCUCCAACAAGUUGGCAAAGCGCUCGUCCACGCCAUGGGAGCUGCCCUCGACCUAGGCCCCGAGGCUGCGGAAGGAACAGCAACUCGAGAAGUCGAAGACGAAAAGGUCUUCGUGCGAAACACAGACAACAGUUUCUGGGUGAUGCGUCUUAUCGGGUACCCGAAGCUCUCCCACCCCGCCGCCCUCGACGCAGCCGCAGACGAACUAUCCUGCGGCGAGCACACAGACUACGGCUGUGUAACGCUCCUCCUUGCAGAUCCCACACCCGGCGCCUUGCAGGUGCUGCUUAAAGACGGUACGACGUGGCUGAACGCCGAUCCCAUCCCCGGCGCGUUCGUCGUCAAUAUCGGAGACAUGAUUGAGCGGUGGACGAACGGGUUGUGGAGGUCUACGAGACAUCGGGUUAUUCAUAGGGGGAAUGGGUAUAGGGUUAGCGUGCCGUUCUUUUUCGAGCCGAAUUUCGAUGCAGUGGUGAAGCCGUUGGGGAAGUGUGUGGAGAAGACGGGGGGAGAGCCUGUGCAUGAGGGCAAUACGUAUGGGGAGCAUUUGCUCGGGAAGGUUUUUAGUAAUUUCUACGGCUGA